CAAGAAAGCUUCAUUAUUGCUAUUAUAAGUUCAGACUAUAAAGUCUUUUUAUAAGUUAAUUAUAACCCCAGCAAGCCCAGAACAAACCACCAUGGCGGCACUUCCAACAACGCCCUUCACUCUCGCUGGCGGCUGCUUUUGCAAAGCCGUCACGUACACCGUCUCUGUCCCCGACGUCGCAUCCCGCCCUACUCUUCCUAAACCCCCAAAGUUUCCUCUGGGGCCUCAAACCGAGGACUGUGAACGCCUCCCUAUCAUUUCUAUAGACCACUGCAACAGCUGUCGCCGCAUCGCCGGCACCGUGAUCCAGAGCUGGUUUAUAUGUCUCCAGAGCUGGACCACCUUCUAUCUCUUGCCCCGUUUCACAUCAACCAGAACCGGUGCCAGUGCCGAGAUUUUGAGGGUCCGUACCACGGCAGAAGCCCUGAUACCCGACAAGGAUAUCCUAGAGACGACGUAUCUGAGCUACUUCUCCAGUUCGAAGGAUGUGCACAGGACGUUCUGCGGGCGGUGUGGCACGGGGCUCACGUAUCAUUACUCGGGAGAAGAUGAUGAGAUGGCGGCGGAGGAUAAGUGGGGGCCGUAUUUUGAUAUCGCGCUUGGAACGUUGGAUGAGGAGAGCACGAAGGUGGAGGGUUUGAGGCCAACGAGGCAUGGGCAUUGUGACGAUGGGAUUGGAUGGGUGAAGGAGAUGGUCGAACUGUGGGGGAUCGCAGGGUCGAUGAGAGAAGGUUGAUAAGGGGUGAGGAAUGUUUUGUAGUCAGAAUGGAAGUUGUUUUACAUUU